GAUAUUCGAUCAUUCUUCGCGCCAAAGGGUGGUGCACCCCCGAAGCCUGCGGCUGCAAAGCCAGAACCGCCGGCCAAAGGAAAGCGAGGAAAAGGGCGCAAGGUCAUCGAAGAUAGCGACGAUGACGAGGUGGUAGAGUACUAUAUACUGUGCAAUGAGUAUUGCUCCCUUCCAUGGAAUGUGUUAACCCCAAUUAGGGAGACGGAACCAAAAGGCGUAGCAAUAUCUGCCGACGACUACUUUGCCUCCUCCAAAGAUCCCAAGACCGCUAAAGCAUCUCAAACUCCCAAGAAGGGCGACAAGAAGACCAUCAUCGAGGCCGAUGUUCCUGUCAGGUCCAGUCCUCGGCCCAAGAAGACUAUGGCAAAGCCGGCUGCACCGGAGGAUGAGGAUGAGGAUGAAGAUGUAGCUUCUCGACCGAAGAGGGCCAGAAAUUCAUACAAGGCCGCUCCCGCUCCCACCCACGACGAUGACGACGAUGACGUUUAUAUGGACGACGGUGACGAGGACGCGGACGAUAUCUUCGCCGCUGACGCCAAAGGCCGAAAUAAGCGCAAGAACGACGAUUACGAGGAGGAAGACUCCGAAGACGAGGUCAUUCCACAACCCAGACGGAUCGCUUCACGGGGACGGCCUGCCGCUUCUGCCAAGAAAGCUGAAGAAAAGGUAAAGACGACGCCGGCAACCAAGAAGAGAAAGUCGCCUGAACAGGAAUCCGAUGAGGAGGAAGAGCUGCCAAGGAAGAAACCUGCGGCAGCAAGCAAACCGCGCGCGCCAAGGGCCAAGAAAGCAGACCAACCCGAGGACGAAGCCAUCCAGAACAUCCUAGACAGCGUGGCUACUGUACGAGCGCCAACACCUCCUCCCAAGGAUGGCAAACCCUUUGAUUGGAGGAAAUCAGCCUCAGGCGGUAAUGCCUCGGCGCAACCUUCGCAGCCAGCCGGCGAACUCCCAGAGGGCGAGGAAGAGUGUCUCAGUGGAUUGACCUUUGUUUUCACUGGCGUGCUGCAAACGAUUGGCCGCGAGGAAGCUCAGGCCCUAGUCAAGCGAUAUGGGGGCAAAGUUACGGGCCAGCCCAGUAGUAAAACGAGUUUCGUCGUGCUCGGAGACGAUGCUGGACCGUCCAAGUUGGCCAAGAUCAGAUCAAACGGAAUCAAGACCAUCGAUGAGCAUGGCCUCUUUGACCUGAUCCGCAAGCUCCCAGCAUUUGGCGGGACGGGCAAGGGCGCUCAGAAAGCGCAAGAGAAGAAGAAGGCGGAGGAAGAGAAGGUGAGGCAACAGGUUGCCGAAAUGGAAGCGGAAGAGAAAGCACAGAGGCGAGAGGCCGAGAAAGAAGCCAAGAGAUUGGCCGCAGCCCGAGGGCAACCCAGCAGCACGCCUGUCAAGCCUGCAGCCGCGCCCACCCAGCUCCUCACGUCCAAGUAUGCGCCGACACAGCUGAACCAGAUAUGCGGCAAUAAGGCACAGGUGGAGAAGAUUCAGCGAUGGCUUCACAACUGGCCGAAAUCGAAGAAGUACAACUUCCAGAAACGUGGCGCUGAUGGCAUGGGAGGCGAGCGAGCCAUCAUCAUCUCUGGGCCCCCCGGCAUUGGCAAGACUACAGCUGCACACUUGGCGGCUAAGCUUGAAGGCUACGAUGUUCUGGAGAGCAAUGCGAGCGAUACACGAAGCAAGAAGCUAGUCGAGGCCGGUCUCAGCGACGUCAUGAACAACACUUCCCUGCUGGGAUUCUUUGCAGGAGAUGGGAAGUCUGUCCACUCUGAGAAGAAGAAGAUUGUGCUCAUCAUGGACGAAGUCGACGGUAUGUCGGCCGGCGAUCGCGGAGGAGUUGGCGCCCUGGCCAAGUUCUGCAGGAAGACGGAGGUGCCCUUGAUCCUCAUCUGCAACGAACGAAGACUGCCCAAGAUGAAGCCGUUCGACCAUGUUGCGUUUGAUAUAAGAUUCAACCGUCCGACGGUCGACCAAGUCCGGUCUCGCAUCAUGACGAUUUGCCAUCGAGAAGGCUUGAAGAUGCCUCCGCCAGUCGUUGAUGCUCUCAUUGAGGGCAGCAACAAGGAUAUCCGCCAAAUCAUCAACAUGAUUGCGACAGCGAAGCUCGACCAGUCGACCAUGAACUUUGACCAAACCAAGUCCAUGUCAAAAGCGUGGGAGAAGCAUGUUGUGCUCAAGCCGUGGGAUAUCUGCCAGAAGAUGCUUGGUGGCGGACUCUUUGCACCUGCAAGCAAGGCGACGCUCAAUGACAAGAUUGAACUCUACUUCAACGAUCACGAGUUCAGCUACCUCAUGAUCCAAGAAAACUACCUCCAGACGAAGCCCAUGGCCCUCAGCGGCUCGGGGUACAGGGGUCGAGAAGCUACUUUGAAAGCGCUCGAGCUCUUUGACCAGGCGGCAGAGAGCAUCAGUGACGGUGACCUUGUGGAUCGCAUGAUCCACGGACCGCAGCAGCAAUGGAGCCUCAUGCCUACGCAUGCCGUCUUCAGUACUGUGAGGCCUGCGAGCUUCGUUGCCGGCCAGUUGCUGGGGUCCAACUUUACGUCUUGGCUCGGAAAUAACAGCAAAGCUGGAAAAUUGGGCCGAUACAUUCGAGAGAUUCAUUCCCACAUGAGGCUCAAGUCAUCAGGAGACCAUAACGAGGUUCGACAGGAGUACUUGCCUGUGCUGUGGUCGCAGACGGUGGAUCGGCUGCAGAAAGAAGGAACUGAAGCCGUGGAAGAGGUCAUUGACCUGAUGGACAGCUACUACCUCACCCGAGAAGACUUUGACGCCAUUCAGGAACUGGGAGUCGGUCCCAUGGACGAGGAGCGUGUCAAGAUUGAGACCAAGACGAAGGCUGCCUUUACUCGAACAUACAACUCCAUGAACCACCCAUUGCCCUUCAUCAAGGCCAGCAAUGUCUUUGCGCCGAAGAAACAAACGAAGGAGAUGCCCGACCUGGAAGAAGCCAUUGAGGAGGAAGAUGACGCCGAGCUGCUGGAAGCUCCAGACGUUGACGAGGAUGACGAAAUCGAUCUGAAGAAGGAUAAGUAUAUCAAACAACCAAAGGUCAAGAAGCCGGCGAAGAAGGCAUCGAAGACGAGUACUGGA